UGUGAGGUUAAGGCAAGAAGAAGAUCGACGCAGGAAGACAGACGUUACUUGAGAGGCUUCAGAGGCCAGACAGAGAAAUGGAACCAUAUGGCAGAACAGGAAGGAGGAACUGAGAGAGAGAGAGAGAGAGACACUGAUGGAGGAGAGAAAACAUGGCAGCAGGUUGCAGAGAGAAGGAGCUGGGUGGGGGCGGGAGGUAUAGGGUGCAGGAAGCAAGAGGACAACAAGCAGGAGCAGCAGGAGCUGAAGGUGACAAAAAAUGAUGGAGACCGGAAAAGUGCGUGGAAGCGGGUGACGACAAGCCGGGGGAGGCAGUCGAGAGAAGUGAGAAACAGGGUGAGAGAGACAGGGCGGCGGUAAAGGGAUUGGCGUGCUCCUCUGUGUUUGGCAUUCUGCUCUUGGCUCAGGGGGAGCCGAGCGUCAGAUGGCGAUGUGAAGACAGGCUCAGCCAGAACUGACCUUGCAGCACAAUGGCUGAUAGCUGGUGGUUGCUACAGGAUACCAGACUUAUCUUGAUCAUGUGAUCUGACUCCAUCUCCAGUUGCCUGUCAUCUAUCAUUGGGAUACCAUGAGCCGCCGGCUGAGCAGUUCCACUCGUUCCCACACUGAAGACUCAAUCUUCCUCCGUCCUGAUGAAGACCCAGUCUGGUUAGAUGAGCCUACAAGGAUGGACAAAAUGGCAGAUGGAGGCCCCAGUAAAACUGGGAACCCAGAUUGUAGAGACAGACCUACAGGGGGCCAAAACCCACAUGGAGAAGAAGUGUUUUUACACAAAGUGUUGGCGCUAGUGAUUGAGCUCCACUGCUGGGCAGUUUCCUUCAUCAUCUCCCAGGUCACGGGUUACUGGCUGUUUUUUGUGCUGGAAGGAAACGGGCCUUUCUCUUCAGUCUAUAAAGCUCUGCAGGUCAUUGACUUCUAUCUUAGUUUUGUGUUACCCUGCCACCCAAUCUUUGGUGUAGAUUCCAUUGUAAUGAUGAAGGAGGUAUACAACCCCACACAGCACAACUGGAUCAUAAAGGGCACCUCGGGCAUCGGUGUGACCAUCUGUGUUAUCAUGGUCAUCCACUUAGUUUGUAAGUGGCGGUACGGCAGCGGCUUCUGGUUUGCAGAACCGGUCUCAAAGGAUCUUGGAGAUCGCCGUCAGUCUGUAAGCCGCCAGCCCUCCUUCACUCUGUCAGAAUGGACGGAUGCCCAGGAGGAGCUGUUGGACCUUGACCCUGUGCCCCAGACACCGGUCUUCGACAAUGACACCAGGACGGAGGGAGAUGCCAUCACCCUCACUGUCACACCUGUGGGACUUCAGGAGAGGAGAGGUUCGAAUGUGUCCUUGACGUUGGACAUGUGCACACCAGGCUGCACAGAGCCUUAUGGCUAUGGAGCCCAACUCUCCCCCAGAGACCAGUCAGCCCAGGAGUACCUCCAUCAGGGUACACAUGUCCUGACACCUGCCAUGCUACACACACGGGCCAUGGAUGACCAGAGCCUGCAGGCUGAGUUUUAUGAAACUCCAAUGAACUUUGUUGAUCCUAAGGAGUAUAAUUACCCAGGACUGGUGAGAAAGAACCGCUACAAAACCAUCCUUCCUAACACUCAUAGCAGAGUGAUCCUAAAGUCACCAGAUGAAGAUGAUGAUUUCCUCAGCACCUACAUCAAUGCUAAUUACCUAAAAGGUUAUGGGGGUGAGGAGCGUGCAUAUAUUGCUACCCAAGGUCCUACAGUGAACACUGUGGGUGACUUCUGGAGGAUGGUGUGGCAGGAAAGAACUCCCAUCAUUGUCAUGAUCACCAACCUGGAGGAAAAAAAUGAGAAAUGUGCAGAGUACUGGCCCGAGGACAGUGUGACCCAUGAAGGUAUCGAGAUCACUAUUGUUACGAUUACCCAGGAGGAUGACUACAGCCUGAGAGUAUUCAGUCUGAAGUGUGGAGGAGAGAAGCGUAGCCUGCAGCAGUACUGGUACACCUCCUGGCCUGAUCAGAAGACUCCAGACAAAGCCCCACCCCUUUUAGAACUGGUACAGGAAGUGGAAAAGGCUAGAGAAGAAGCCCCACCCACCAGUGGUCCUAUCAUCGUCCACUGCAGUGCUGGAAUUGGUCGAACUGGCUGUUUUAUUGCCACCUCCAUCCUGUGCAAGCAGCUGAGGACUGAGGGUGUGGUUGACAUCCUGAGAACCACCUGUCAGCUCCGUCUGGAUAGGGGUGGGAUGAUCCAGACGUGUGAGCAGUACCAGUUUGUGCACCACGUCCUCAGCCUGUAUGAGAAGCAGUUGUCUCACACUGCCGAGGAGUAGAAUGGGCUACAGACCGAGACACACCACUGUACACUGCGCCACCUCCUGGUGGAACGCACCAUUGUACCUAGCAUCAUCUCAACAUCACCCUUUAAUCAUGUUUAAUAACCCAGGCUCAUCUCUUCACCCCAGGCUGGUUCAGUCGACCGAAAUUAAUGGACAUUUAGUAAAGCCCAUAAAGUCAACUUAAAAACCAAGAAAAAAAUCACAUUGUGAUGUCGCAGAAUCAGUGGUGAAAAGCCACAACGUUCAGGUCGAAAAUAACCCAAGCUUGGCAUCAUUCCAUAUGUACAGCUGAGGGUUUUUUAAAUCAUGUUAUCAUACAGUUCACUGAGCGCUUGGCUGAAACAGCCCACGUGAUUAUAUAAUGUAUGUACAUUUCAAAAAUGCUUCAAGCAAAGUCUAUCUUUAAUCAGUUUCCCAAAGUUAGUGUCCAUAAUGAAGGCCCUUCACAGCGUAAGGGCCAGCAUCAUUUAAAUCUUCAGAAAUGAGCAAAUGCCAGUGUAGUGUUUAACAUGACUUAAAUGUACAUGUUCUCAUGAAGUAUAGAUUAAUUAACAGCUUUUUUCUCCUUUUUUUUACUUACAUGAUCACAUAUACUGUAAAAAUAUAAAUAUAUAUAUAUUACAGAACUCUUCCUUCAAUUUUGACUCAUUCAGGAGCCACCUCAUCUUCAGGUUGCAUGGUGCUAAGUGUUCAUUCAAGGCAUGUGCAAUGUUAGGGAACAUAGGAAUGUAUUAACAUUUAAGUUAUUUAUGAACUAAUUAGGAUUUCUGUGCAAUCUACUGCAGUUUUUCCAUGCUGCCUGUGCAGUUCUUGUGACCCAUGAUGUUUACAGUAAACAAGUCAUGCAUUUAAGGUCAUACAGACAUACACCGGGAGGCAUCACAGAACCCGUGAGUCUGAGACUCAGAGUGUCAGAAACUCCACCAACAUAUGCCGGUUUAGUGUUUCCAACGGGCAGGACGUCACAAGCCAAACAGUCAAACUCUCCAUCUCAACAUCCUUGUAAAUGUGUCAUGUAACACGAAGCUGUCAGGGCUGCUCGCUCUGUGAUGCCUCUACAUUCAACAUUUAACGGUAGCUCAAACACA